UUCAGAAACAAGAGGAUAUGGCAUCGCAUUUCUCUCAGAAGCAGAGAGGGUGAAAUGGCAUCAACUGUAACCACCCACUUCAGUUGGGUCUUUUCCACCACAUCUCAAAACUUUCCCAAAUCCUCACAGUUCUCUCACCAAAGCCUUCUCCAUCUUAAUACCACAAACUUCCAGCUUAACCGAAUUCCGAUCCACCUUUCUAGAUUCUCGGUACCAAAGCCCAGAGCAGCUCAAACGGAUCAAGAAACUACAUCCUCUCUUCUUCUCCAAGAAAAACUGCAGGAAGUUGAGGAAAGUGUGAAGAUUCUCAAGAAUGCAGCAAAGACAAGAAAAGUUGCAGCAGAGGAGGUACUCGCCGCCCUUGCUGUGAUGGAGAAGGCUAAGCUUGAUCCUUCUGAAUUUCUCAAUACGCUUGGAGGAUCUGAAUCACCUGGAAGAACCUGGAUGCUUAUCUUCACUGCUAAGGAUCGUUUGAAGAGUGGUACCUAUUUCCCUAUUACUGCUGUUCAACGAUUUGAUGCAGUGGGAAAAAGGAUUGAGAAUGGAGUAUUCUUUGGGCCUCUUGGAUGCUUAACAUUUGAAGGGAGAUUUUCAUGGAAGAAGAGAAUAUUGGCGUUUAUUUUUGAGUGUAUCAGAAUAAAGGUUGGGUCAUUUAGUCCACUUCAGAUAAGCCUGGGGCAAAAAGAUGAGAGGGAGCCAAGCACCAAAAAAGAUCCCUUCUUCAUCUGGUUUUACAUAGAUGAGGAAAUUGCUGUGGCUCAAGGAAGAGGUGGUGGAACAGCUUUCUGGUGCCGCUGUCGCCGUGUGACAUGAUUAUAUGGACCUCCCUUUCUCUUAUUUCCCUUUCUUUUUGAAAAGAUAUGGCUAAUGUACACAUUGUAAUCUGUAUAUUUAUGCAUACCAGUUAUCAUAUUCAGAU